UUCCCUUGACAGGCAGGCGUAGAAAAUCCAAGCAAAACAAAUCACGAAUCACAAAUUUUACAUAUCGGCCGAUAUCUGGAACUACAGAUACGUUUUUAACCGAACAAUUCAUACUGUAAAGGAGAAGCAUGAGUGAGAAUCCAAAAAAUCAGAACGGCGAAGUGAAGCAAGAAAAGUCCGACUCAAAUCAUGGCGGCAAUAGCAGCGGAGCGCAAGAAACCACACGCCAGGAUAGCAUCGAGCGGAUCAUGAUGCGCAAACAAAAGGUUUAUCAGUUACCGAGAAAUCAAAAGCUGACCAAGCUUUCCAUGUACUCGUCCUGUCAAGCAAACGAAUGCCGCUGCAGUGGCUGGAAAACGCCGGAGGAGAAUCGCCACAAAGAUGUGGAGGUCGAUUAUUGUCCCGAUUUCGCUGAAGAGUGCCGAAAUCCGAACUGUAAGCACAGUCUUGAGACGCACAUUCAGCAUCUAGGUGAUAUUACCGAGGAACAGAUGAACGAGCUGCUGGGGGCCAUUGUGGAUGUGGAAAAUUUGUACAUGAGCAUGCUCCGGGAAACGGAUACCGAUACGAAGAAGGUAUAUGCUUAUCUGUUCCGUUUGUUGCGGCAGUGCAUUCUAACACGUACGCAGGCCGUUAUACGAGGACCGCUAGGAGAUCCCCCGUUUGAACAGCCCUCGAUUUCCAAAGCAGUCACCAACUUCGUUAUGCACAAGUAUGGUCAUCUCCAUCAGGCAGAACUGGACUCUAUGACCGAUGUUGCGAAGACGUUUCUGCACUGUCUAAAUCAUUGGAAUUUUGAAGCACCGAGUGCGCGGCAGGAUCUAGUUAGCCAAGAGGAUGUUUCGAACUACAAAAUUAACUACACGCGGUGGCUGGUGUUCUGUCACGUGCCGGCUUUCUGCAGUUCACUGCGGCACUUUGAAACGUCUGUCGUUUUCGGCCGCACACUGCUAAAGGCCGUCUACCAGUACGUAUACCAGCAGUUGCUGAUGCGUUGUAAGAUUGAGCGCGAUCGAAUGCCGCCGGAAAAACGUAUCAUGCUUACGCAGCUGCCCAAAUUCCUUGAAGCACUUAAGCAGGAGGUAGUGAACGAAGAUUCGCCAAUCUGGUCGCCAAACUUUAAGCCAACGUCGUCGCUUCUCCUGCACAAAACCAAACGCCAGCACGAAGGAUCAUCAUUGUCGGGGACAGGCAAGAAGAUGGGAGAUGCAAAGCGCUACAAAAAGGAAUCAGACUGCGAGGAUCUGUCCGAUGAUGUGGUAGCGCGUGCACUAAAGCGCAUUAACGACAGCAACUACUCCAGCCGGGCGGAGGUCGUUUUUCCGCCGAACGCACCUCGUGAUGAAGCGGCUAAGGCAGAAGAAAAUCGGCGAGAAAUCGAAUUCCAUGUCGUUGGCAACUCCCUGACCAAACCGGUAACGAAACAAUCAAUGCUGUGGUUACUUGGACUACACAGCGUCUUUGCCCAUCAGCUGCCAGGAAUGCCCAGGGAGUACAUCAGCCAGCUAGUGUUCGACCCGAAACACAAAACGCUAGCCUUAAUUAAAGAAGGUCGUCCGAUUGGUGGAAUAUGUUUCAGAACAUUCGUUUCGCAAGGCUUCACAGAAAUUGUGUUCUGUGCAGUUACAAGCAGUGAACAGGUGAAAGGAUAUGGUACGCAUCUCAUGAAUCAUUUGAAAGACUACAGUACCCAGCGUGGCAUUAAACAUUUCCUCACGUACGCUGAUGAGUUUGCGAUCGGUUACUUCAAGAAGCAAGGAUUUUCCAAAGACAUUAAGGUGGCGCGCCACGUGUACGCUGGAUACAUAAAAGAAUAUGAAGGUGCAACGCUCAUGCACUGCGAACUCCAUCCCAGCUUAAUCUACACGCAAUUUAGCUCAGUCAUACGAAAGCAAAAGGAGAUCGUAAAAGAAUUGAUCACUCAGCGCCAGCAGGAAGUGCAAAAGGUUCACCCUGGGUUGACCUGCUUUAAGGAAGGUGUUCGUAGUAUACCUAUCGAAUCGAUACCGGGUUUGCGAGAAGUGGGUUGGAGACCGACAUUCCGAGCACAGCGAACAGCUCGACCGCUAGAAGAAUCGGCCGACCCGGAUAAGUUGGCCAAUUCGCUGAGCGGAGUUUUGCUUGCUGUUCGGCAGCAUACAGCUGCAUGGCCGUUCCUGAAGCCGGUCAAUCAGGCGGAGGUGCCAGACUAUUACGAUCAUAUUAAAUAUCCGAUGGAUCUCAAAACGAUGAAUGAACGACUCAAGAAUAAAUAUUACGUUACAAGACGGUUGUUCAUGGCUGAUAUGGCUCGUAUUUUUACCAACUGUCGUCUAUACAAUUCACCGGAGACAGAAUACUAUCGCUGCGCCAACACUCUCGAACGGUAUUUUCAAACCAAAAUGAAGGAAAUCGGCCUGUGGGAUAAAUGAUGUCCACUAAACAAUCUCGAUCGGGCAAACCUCCACGCAGCCAGCCAGGAUGACGACGACGAUGAAGACCAGGAUGACAACGAUCAGGACGACGAAGACAACGAAAAUGAUGACGACAAA